GUCUCAUCACUCUGCUAAUGAUAAUAACUAGGCUUAGUGAUAAAAUUUUAUCGCGCAUUGUUUUAAAAUAUCAGCGAGGAACGUGUACUUUUCUAGUCGAUUCUAAAAAUAGUCCCGAUCACAUGAUCAACAACAACAAAACUCGUGUACAGGAUGUGUUGAUACUAGAUACUGCAGUAACAUUGUGCAAGAAUGUCUCGAGAUGAACUGAUCUGGGACCACACAGGGGAAGAUUUAGACGACCCUCUGAUAGGCAGCUACGAGGGCGAGGAAGCAAUACUGAGAUCUAGAACCAGAAAUACUGUCCAACUGUCGCAUUACGAAGCUCUGAAACUUGCUCAUCAGCUGGAGGCAACAAGUGCCUUACUGAGGGCUUACCUUGGAGACUUUGAAUUAAGCCACACUCAGAGUGAAACUUCAACAUCAGAAAGAAGUCAGUCUGGGUGUAUAGAUUGCCUCAAAAGAAAAUGUGAAAGGGUACUGGAUAAAGUCACAGGCUUAAAAAUAAUAAUAUUUACAGUAGUUCUUCAGGGAUUUAAUCUUCUGAUUCAGACUCUGAUUGACAUUUGGCCAGAGAAAGAUGACUACAUAGAAUUAGUUGUGAGUUGCCUGACUAUGAUUUUGAUGCAAGUUUUAAAUCUGAUUUUGCUUCUGAUCAGUUCAGUGAAGCUGGUGAAACAGUUAUUCCUGAAGGAAGUGAGUGCUGUGCUCCUGGCGCAGUCCUACAUGGCAGCUAUUCUGGUAUUUGCUGGGAUUUACACACUGACAAAAAGGCUUGCACCAGAUUCCUGGAAAGAUGUCCGUGAGGAUGUACAUAAAGACCCUGCCUUGAUUAUCGAGAUGUACUGCCAGUUCCUGUACUUUUCUGUCUCCACAGCUACUCUCUGUGGUACAGCAAGUGUUACCCCCAAUAAGUGGUACAACUAUAUAUGUGUUUCCAUACAGAUGUUGUUGAGUUUUAUGUACUUUGCUUCAAUACUUGGAAAAGUUAUGGCUCCAGUGACCUCUCCUCUCAGCAUGCAUCAUGUCCGAAAAAACCAAGAGUCGAGUCGAUUUCCCUCAGUAGUUGUCCACAGUAGACCAUCAAGCAGAGGUGAAGGAAGCAUUAUUAAUGCAGAAAGCUUAGAGUCCUGAUGAUCAUCACCAAGACAGUAACUGGACAUGAAGGAGACCUUGUGUAGCCAUUCUCAGUGGAUGUGAGGGAUUUCAUUUUGGGAAAAAGAAAGCACAACAAGGAUUUUUAUUGGAAUCUGAAAAUAACCAUUUCUUCUAAUGGAAGGAGGAUACUAAUGAUUGAAUGAUCUCAUGUUAAAAUAAAUGCAUUGGUUUUUAUUAAAGAAAUCAAUCAUUAAAUAGUCAUAAACAUU